CAGAAAGAAAAGAUAUGGAAGCUUGGGAGAGUUAGAUGGAACUCUUGCAUCAGCUAUAUCAGCUUUUGCUGUUGGAAAGGGGCUAGAAAACAUGGAAUAGAGCAGUCUAACGCAUUAGGAUGCACAUAACCAACUUUAGGUUGUUGGCCUGAGUCAAUUUGUGGUGUUACUGGAGCUGCAAGUGCAUGUGUUCAAAGGAAGGAUUCAACUGGAGCACAUUGACAAAAGCAAGCAUCUCUGGACUUGGACAUUCUUCCGCAAGUUUGGGAUGCAAACCAAGAAAAAGUAUAUGGGAAGAAAUUCUUCUCGAGAGCUUGCAAGUCCAAAGGUAUCAAAACAUCAGAAGAAGGUUUCUGAAAAUGUGCAAAUUCAAGAUAAUAAAGUUUCAGAUUUUAUCACAUCUUCUGCUAGGAAGCAAAGGCAUGCAGGAACUGUUCCAAAGACAAUCGAAGUACAUGUUGCUGCAGCGGAUUUGAAGAAUAGACACGGUGUGGUGGAUGAUGACACUUCUGCUGUGUGUUUGGGCCAUGAUGAUAAUAAUGGGACUAAAUAUGCUUCCAUUGACCGUAAUGGCCACGAUGAUGGAACUGGUCAUCAGAUGGCGGAAACUAUAUUUUCUCCCACCUUUCAUAUUUCUAGAAGUGUUGCAGGGGAAAUUGCAAAUAAAGCCGAUUUCUUCAAUUUUUUCCAGAGAGGGGAGCAGCAAUUCCAGGACUGUGGACAAGAUCAAGAGACCUUACAGGUUGAUUUGCUGAAUUGUUGUGUUAUGCAAGAGAAGAAUUCUGAUGAGGAAGCAAUGACUUUAAUGAAUGUCACAUGUCCUGGAGGUGGUCUGUCAUCUGAAGUUUCAGCAAUAUAUGUUUCAAUGAAAAACUCAAAGUUGGAAUGUGUCGAUGAGUACAACCAAGAUCAUAUGUCAACUGAUGUUUGUAUGGAGGAGGAGGAUUGUGAAGAAUUGGACGACUUUGAUCCAUACUUAUUCAUAAAGAAUUUACCCGACUUACUGUCUGUUGUUCCGACUUUUCGGCCUGUGCUACUGCCUAAACAGACGCGGAGUUGCCCGCCAACUACCCUUGUGUUGGACUUGGAUGAGACCUUGGUGCACUCUACACUAGAACCCUGUGAUAAUGCAGAUUUCACAUUUACCGUAAAUUUCAAUCUCAAUGACCACACAGUCUUUGUUAGAUGCCGUCCUUAUCUCCAAGAUUUUUUGGAGAGGUUAUCAGGCCUUUUUGAGAUUAUUAUAUUUACCGCCAGCCAAAGCAUUUAUGCUGAGCAGCUUCUGAAUGUGCUGGAUCCAAAGCGGAAAAUAUUUCGCCAUCGUGUUUACCGUGAGUCCUGUGUUUUUGUUGAGGGGAAUUAUCUGAAAGAUCUUUCUGUUCUUGGUCGUGACUUAGCACAUGUUAUCAUAAUCGACAACUCUCCGCAGGCAUUUGGGUUCCAGGUGGACAAUGGAAUACCAAUUGAAAGCUGGUUUGAUGACCGUUCUGACAAAGAAUUGCUAUUGCUGCUUCCAUUUUUGGAGAGUUUAGUUGAAGUUGAAGAUGUUCGACCAUUGAUUGCAAAGAAAUUCAACCUUCGUGAGAAAAUAGCUGCUGCAGUUUGUCCUUUAAACUUCGACAGAGGAGAUCCUUUUGAAAGGUGA